AUGUGCAUUCUUCUUGUCUCCACAAAAAUUCUUCACGUUUCAUGUAAAUUUUUCGCACGAACAUGGAGCAUUUUUGCAGGUAGAGGUAAACUUGGUCGUCUUACAAUGCCGUUACCAGAAAGCCCUCCAAAUCUGGACCUUGAUGAUAAGUGCAUGAUGAGGUUUACGGACGAUGGUCCGGAAGUGGAAGUUCGUGCUCAAGAACUGGAGAAGGUGGAAGAGCUGGGACGAGGUGCAUAUGGAGUGGUUGAAAAAAUGCGCCACCGAGAAACGAAUACCAUUAUGGCAGUCAAGGUUUAUAUCGCUCUUCCAACUUACCCAGUAAUUUUGAAAAUUCGAGAAAAAAUUCGUCCGAAGAUUUACUGCUUGAAAUUCUCAAAUUUCAAAAGAUUUUUUUAUUGA